UCUGGGAUGUAGUUACUCUUCUAAUAUUUCACUCCUAAUAUGAGCGGCUUUUUGUGUUAGAAGUGACAUUCUUGUGCGAGGACAGUUUGUCCGUUGUUUUUCUUUCGUCCUGCGUGUUGGACUCAGCCCUCGGAGGAUUAUUUCGGUCGCAGCCAUGAUGGCGUCCAACUACAACGCCAAGGAAGAGGACGGGCAUCACUCCGGUUCUUCGAGUCACGGCGGCCCCGGCCCCGUGAAGAACAAGAAGCCGGAUAACACGGCCUUUAAACAGCAGAGACUUCCAGCCUGGCAGCCCAUCCUGACCGCCGGCACCGUGCUGCCCGCUUUCUUCGUCAUCGGCCUCAUCUUCAUCCCCAUCGGCAUCGGCCUCUUUGUGACGUCAAACAACAUCAAAGAGUUCGAGAUUGAUUACACCGGCGUGGACGCGUCCAGUCCGUGCUACAGCUGCGCUCAGAACUUCAGCUGGAACAGCAGCACGCCAUGCGUCUGCUUCAUCAACUUCACCUUGGAGCAGCCGUUUGAGAGUAACGUCUUCAUGUACUAUGGAUUGUCCAACUUCUAUCAAAACCACAGACGUUACGUGAAGUCGAGGGACGACAGCCAGCUGAACGGUGAUCGUUCUGCUCUCAAGAAUCCGAGCAAGGAAUGUGAUCCGUACCGGACAACCGAUGGUGUGCCCAUCGCUCCUUGCGGGGCCAUAGCUAACAGCCUCUUCAACGACACUCUUGAGCUCUAUUAUAUUGAUGUAAAUGGAAGCAGAACAGAGAUCCAUCUGGCUAAGAAGGGUAUUGCCUGGUGGACUGACAAGCACGUGAAGUUUAGGAAUCCUGGUGGAAGCAACAACAACCUGACUGCAGCUUUCCAAGGAACUACCAAACCGGUGAACUGGAGGAAGCCGGUCUAUGAACUGGACCCACUGGAUCCUGACAACAACGGUUUUAUCAAUGAGGAUUUCAUUGUGUGGAUGCGCACAGCCGCCUUACCCACUUUUCGUAAACUCUAUCGUAUCAUCCAGAAGAAGUCGAGCAUGACUCCAACUCUGCCCAGCGGCAAAUACCUCCUGAAUAUCACCUACAAUUACCCCGUGCUCAGCUUUGACGGCCGGAAGCGGAUGAUCCUGAGCACCAUCUCCUGGAUGGGAGGGAAGAACCCCUUCCUGGGCAUUGCCUACAUCACUGUGGGCUCCAUCUGCUUCUUCCUGGGUGUGGUCCUGCUCAUCAUCCACCAUAAAUACGACACACGCAACAACAGCGCCGAUAUCCCGAACUGAGUGUGCCGCACGUGCACCGGGAGCCACUCAGCUUGCUGAUUUUUUUUUUUUUCUUACGAAUUCUCUGUAAAUGUGUUUGAGUAUUGGCCUCGUGCGUCGCAUCCACAGCAGAGGUCAGUCAGGGUCACAAAUAUUUGGACACUCGGUUUGUUUUAACUUUUUACCGCAGCAGGAAGAGUUUACAGCAAAUUAAGAAACCAGCUCAAAGUGCAGACUUUCACUAUCAAUGAGGAAAGUUGUUCUAGGUUUGGGGUGGGUCCAUGUUAGGUGGUCGUGGUCCGUGUGAUCAGUGCUGGGAGCCUCACAUCUGCUCAGACUUUCUCACUUUUAUGUUAUUUUUUUUAAAGUUGUGAAACCUGACCUGCAGGAGCUCCUCUCAUCCGUAUGUGACAUUAACGCAUUCUCUCUGUUUGGUGCUAAUUUUAGCUCACUAUGUCUGUGGGACACUGUUAGCUUGUUUGCUGCAUGUCUACUGUUAAAGUUAGCUUGGUGUGACUGAUACUAAUCUUAGUUUUAGGACAUCUCAUGCUGAUUUUAGCUUUUGCCCGGGUGUGACAUUAGCGCACGCGUGCACAUUCGAACACAGAAAAACUGUGGUGAGCUGACAUUUGCCGUUUGGUAUGUUUAUGUAUUUUGGGUCAAGGAUGAACAGCGCAAAAAAUGGAAAGUUGAUAGGAACGACAAAUAUUUUUGGAGAAAUCAGGGAACAACAGUGAACGAUGGACGUUGAUAUUUACAUUCUAGAUUCGCACUCCAACUUAUUAUAGAAACUUUGCAUAGUUUAUUACCACCCUUGAAAAAUGUCAGGUUCCUAUUUUAUAAACACUACCCAGUCUAGAUCCCGUGGAUCCCCACGGACAACACACCUGUUAAUAAUUAAACAGAACUUUUAGAGGUUUUUGUCUGAAAGGUCACAACUGUUUAGAUUUAUUUAUCUUAUUUAUUUUAACUUAUUUUUUUCAGGUAGGAGGAAGAUCACUUUGUGUCACUUUACAGAAAAACCUUGUACCCAACAUGGGUGGGGAAGAAAAAAAAAAAAAAAAAAUCAAAGAACUGCCCAGAAAGAGGUCAUGACCGAGGUCACGCGCUCGUGCAGCGUGUUGUCCAUCCACCACACCACGGUCCUGGGUGGCGGUUUGGACAGUAACCGUCCAUCUUCUGCAGCCGGGUGAACAGUGGGUGUGUCCUUGGCCUGAUCCAGCUGUAGGAGUUCUGGACCCUGAGGGACCCGCCUGCUGGGUCAGGUCCAGAUGCUGAUGCUCCUCCUGAUUAUUUAUUUAGUCUUUGUGCAACAUUCGGGUCUUUUCUGUUGACCGUUGACUCUGACAUGCUGAAAUCCUGCAGCAUGUUCUUGAUCUGGCUUCCAAAGACACUCGACACGGGUCAUCUGUUUGUGUCCAUGAGUAAGUUCAGGAUGAGGGUCUGCACCGAUGAGCUCCUUGUCCUGAUUUGCUGUGAACUUCGGGGUAAAAGGUUUAAAAGAAAUGUUUGCUGGCGUUUCUGUGCUCGUAGCUUUUGGACUUGGGCUGCUGACUUAUUUAUCUGUGAUAUUAAAAUGUUUAAUGGUUUCUGUUUAAGCUUUCUAAAAGCGCUUGUGUUUCGGGCUUGGUUGUUGAAUGUUUAACGCCUGUUUUCUGUCUGAGCUGAUGAAUGUAUUUAUUUGAUUUUGGUGAUUUGUGACCCGUCGUUGUGAAACCUUCCUAUUGAAGUAUUUUAUCGACCACCUUGAACCAACAACCAGACUGAAGCAGUUUGAACUUGAUGACAAACGUAUCCUGUGAAUUUGAAGAAUCUUACUGGUUAUAGUACUGAAACAGUUUGUUUUUGGUGGAAUGUUCGCUCACUUACUUCACUGUUGACCAAAUGAAAUGCACUUUAAAUUUCAUGUUUGUUUGUUUGUGUCCACAUUCAGCCCGCUGUUACUCUCUGUGCUUCAUGUAAUCAGUAAAUUGUUUAAAUGUAAAA